AACAGGAUUGAGGUAGAGUCCCUCAGAGCCAGAAGUGAAGACUCAGAGUGAAAGGAUGAGUGGAAGGUUUGUAAAUGCCGCUAUGAAUCAGCCAAUGCUUAUGGCAGGAAUGGGCAUGGCACCUUUCUUCAAGGUGGCGGUGUUCGAGCAGGAGCACUUCCAGGGGAAGUGUCAGGAGUUGACCUCAGAGUGCUGCAACAUCCAGGAGAGAGGCUUCCAGAACAUUCGCUCACUCAGAGUGGAGAGUGGCGCCUGGGUGGGAUAUGAGCAUCAUGACUUCCAGGGGCAGCAGUUUAUCCUGGAGAGAGGAGAAUACCCUCACUGGGACGCGUACAGUGGCAGUCUGGGAUACCAUGUGGAGAGGCUGAUGUCCCUGCGCCCAGUCUACUGCGCUGCUCACGAGACCAGCCGCAUGAUGAUCUUUGAGAAAGAGAACUUCCUGGGCCGUAGUGUGGAGGUGUGCGAUGACUAUCCCUCCCUGCAGGCCAUGGGUUGGUGUAACACUCAAGUGGGCUCCAUGCAUGUGCAGUGCGGCGCCUUCGUGUGUUAUGAGUUCCCAGGCUACCGCGGGCAGCAGUACAUCAUGGAGUGUGAGCGGAACAGUGGUGAUUAUCCGCACUGGAAGAGUUGGGGCUCGCACAGCCUGACGCCCCAAAUCCAGUCCAUCCGCAGAGUCCAACACUGAGAGAGAGAAGCAAAGGAGGGGGUGGAGGAAAGAGCAGGGUGGAUGAAAGCAAGGGGCCAUUCAC